AUGACUCUGUCCCUAUCCACAAAUUUCCCUGUAUAUACCAUGUCCACAAAUUUCGCAGCACCACCGUUUCUUCUAAAGCAGCCAUAUUUCAUUAAGACCUCCGUGGCAGCAACCUGCGUCCACUCUUCAAGAACCGAAACCCCAUCCCACAAAUUUGACGACGACGUCGUCUUCGAGAAUUACGUCAAAUUCUGCCGACCCAAUUUACCCGAUGUCGUCCCCAUCAAUUCAGCGAAGCAGGCGGCCGAUUUGUGGGUGCGGAUGAAGGAGGAGGCGGGGGCGGUCGUGGAUCAAGAACCCAUCUUGUCCAACUACUACUCCAGUUCGAUUCUGUCGCAUGAUUCCAUGGAGAGCGGUCUGGCCAAUCACAUCUCCAUGAAAUUGAGCGAUUCCAGCCUCCCCGUCGGCACCCUCUACGACCUCUUCAUGGGGGUUUUGAGAGAUGAUCAAGAAAUCAUGCGCGCAGUGUGCGACGACCUGCUCGCGGUCAAGGAGAGGGACCCUGCUUGCAUCGGCUACGUCCAUUGCUUCUUGAAUUUCAAGGGAUUCUUGGCCUGCCAAGCUCACAGAAUAGGCCACAAUCUAUGGCGCAACGGUCGCAAAAUCUUGGCCCUCUUGAUUCAGAACAGAGUCUCGGAGGUCUUCGCGGUGGAUAUCCACCCGGGGGCCAAAAUCGGGCGGGGGAUCUUGCUGGAUCACGCCACCGGCGUAGUGAUCGGCGAAACCGCAGUGAUCGGAGAUAAUGUGUCGAUUCUGCAUAACGUGACGUUGGGUGGGACCGGGAAGGUCUCUGGCGACCGGCACCCGAAGAUCGGUGAUGGGGUGCUGAUUGGUGCAGGGACUUGUGUUCUUGGCAAUGUGAGGAUUGAGGAAGGGGCCAAGAUUGGCGCCGGCUCCGUCGUGCUCAAGCAGGUUCCGGCCAGGACCACUGCCGUUGGGAAUCCGGCCAGGUUGAUUGGGGGGAAGGAGAAUCCGAUUAAGUUGGAUAAGAUGCCCAGCUUCACCAUGGAUCAGACGUCACACAUUUCUGACUGGUCGGAUUAUGUUAUUUAGAUUAUUACGUCUCUGUGUAUGUAUGUAUACUUAGUGUUUGUGUAUGCUUAUAAGAGAGAGCCUAAGUUUUCCUAUUUGCAUAGAUGCAAUUCUUCAAGUUUAUUGACUGCUUUUGUUGUCCUGUAACUUUUGUUGUGAUCAAUGGGAAAGAUUCCAAAUAUGCUCUGUU